AGGAACGCGUUGGAAAUUCUUCUCUCUAAACGCACUCCUUUAAUUAUUUAUUAGGGACCAUCUUCAUUCUUCAGAAGACGAAGACCGACCGACGACAGAAACAAGGGAAAGUCCUACGGAGUAGCUCAGCUCCAAUGGCGUACGUCGAGCGAGGUGUUGUCAAAUCCCAGCGUUCAAUAUGGCGACUUAGGACAAUCACUGAUUUCUUUUGGGCAAUUUUUAACUUCAUAGGCGUGUUCUUCGCCACGAUGUUCUCAAUGGAAAAGUCUGACGCAUACCAAAAGGGCUCCGGCUCUGGCAAGAAGUGGGAUGGUGGUGGGCCAGGAGGUCCUGGUAGGGGUCCAUAUGGUGGUGGUCCCCGUGGUCCGCCCCGAGGACUGAACAAUGUUCGAGGAAUCGACCACAGUUCCCUACCUGCCUGUGGUUCCUGCUGUGGCUAAACGUGAUAGCAAUGAGAUUGGCUGAUGGAGAUGCUUGCAUUACAAGUAAUAAAUUCUGCAUUUUCUUUUUUCAUGAAAUGUAAUGUCAUGGGGAACCAUGUUAUAUGUAAAUCAGUAGUGCUUUUCGAGUUUUAGUUUGAACAGCUAUCUGCUCUUCAGUUGAUUAAAUACUAAUCUACAACAGAGUUGGCUCAGACUUUAUGUUAUCUUCAUGCUGUGAGUAAUUUGAGUUUAUUGUUCUUUUUA